UGUAUUGACAUAUAAAGUCGUUAUCGCCACUUAUGUCAUGUGAAAUGUAACCUGACUAUCACCUGCCACCGAGUACCUAGAUUAGGCGGCAGAUCUCUGUAGCUACAUGCACACUUGGAAGGCCUUUAUUGACUUACAAUGAACGUAGUCAUUAUCUACAUAUCAGCAGUUUUGAGCCAAAUAUCGUGUUUUCUCCUUUCUACCGAAAAACAACCUGAUACGGAUGCGAUGUCUGUUGUCCUCAAUCAUGUCAAUCAGCUGGAGGAAACUGUAGCCAGUUUGAAGAACACGACAUCCCAGCUUCAGUUGGAACUUCACGAAACCAAGGUCCAGCUUCAGGACACUCAAAUAAAGCUUCAGGACGAACAGGCAUCUUCAGCUGCGGAAAUGGCGUCGUUGAAAGAACAGUUGAAACACCUAAGCGAAAACAGCGUGGAUCUUCAAACUCACGAUAAUCUGACUGGGAAACACCUUAUUACUCAUGACAUUAAGGCAAACACGAUCCAACUAAGUCUGUUGUUAAACGACGUCCACAUGUUAAACAAUCGACUCAGUGUCCUAGAAUCCACUGUGAACAAUCAGUCGUGUGACAGCAGCAAGAAUACCUUCGCUCUGCUGCAAAACAUUUUGAACCAACAGACACUGGAUUCGUUAACAGACCACUUGGCCAAGGUUCUUGCACAGAACACAUCGAAGCUGUUAGGGCUGCUCAAGAACGACGUCAAUGCAACAUCGGUUCAAGUCAACAGCAUAACGAACGACAUGAGGUUGGUCACCAUGGAUAUUGCAAAACUGUUAUCAGAUAACAGUGGAAGAGAGGACCAAAUUAAUGGUUUGUUGCAUGACGUGUCGAAUAUCACCAUGCAGCUCCGUGAGAAUACUAAUACUUUAAGAAACGGGUCUUUCAAAACAGCUGUUGGAGACGUUUCCUUUCAAGCUGUUCUUGCCAACUCUGGACUGCUAACAGACACAGUGGCUCUUGCUCCUUUCAAGUUUCCCCACGUCCUCCAUGAUGCUGGGCAUGCCUACAGCUCCUCCUCGGGGAAAUUCACAGCACCAGUCUCUGGCAGUUACAUAUUCUGGACCCAGCUGGAGAUGGCUGAUACCGGCAGUUCUAUGUACCUGUACAUCGUUCGGUAUUCCCAGACCAAGUCGUCAAAGACUACCAUAGGUGCUGGCUUCGUGGAAACAGACACUGAUAUAGCUGAUGCUGUGGUGUCUGCUCAAGGCGUAUGUCACCUUGAGAAAGGCGACACAGUGUGGGUGGUGACGAGUGAUUCACGGAAGGUCUUUGGUUCUCUGGAUCAGCCAUCAUCCUAUUUUGGUGGUGCACUCUUGUACAGUGAUUGAAUGUUCAAAUGAUCCAAUAAUGCAGCAUCACGUUUUGGCAAAACUGUCGACAGCAGAACUCAAUGAACCAUUUUCUUCAAAAGUGUGAUAAUAUUGUGUUAACGAUUCAAAUUCCCUUGAAGUGUUUGUUGUUAUUGGUCUUCAACAACACGUUUUGUUUGGUAAAAGGUGAAUAACAGGAUUAGGUUGCUGUUAUCAGUGUCUACCUAGUUCUUGUCAGUGACUAAAUAGUAUCUAAGCAGUGACAUUCAAGUGGUAAACCAAUGUUUAUCAGUGAAUUGUCAAUGCUUAUCAUUAAAAACCUAAAAUCUUAGUUCAUGUCAGAUGUUUUAUUCAACAGUUUCAUACAAUAAAACAUGGCAUAACAAAUCAGUUAAUGACUAGACAUUCCAUGCAUAAUUUGCAAUCUGUUCUCUCCACCUACUUCCAGCUUAAAUCUCUCGGUCCCUCACAACCAACAGCUGGCCCUAUGGCCUUCUGCAAGUAAUGUCUGGCUCAUCUAAACAGGGUUGCGUCACAUAAAUGUGU